AUGGAAACUAUUCCUUAUGCAUCUAUUGUUGGAAGCUUAUUGUAUGCACAAACUUACACUAGACCAGACAUCAGUUUUGCUGUGGGUAUGCUAGGCAGGUAUCAAAGUAAUCCAGGAAUGAAUCAUUGGAAAGCUGCAAAGAAAGUUUUAAGGUAUCUGCAAGGAACAAAAGAUUAUAUGCUUACUUACAAGAGAUAUGAUCAUCUUGAGGUAAUUGGAUAUUCAGAUUCAGAUUUUGCCGGAUGUGUGGAUACAAGAAAAUCCACUGUUGGCUAUUUGUUCCUGUUAGCUGAAGGAGCAAUUUCAUGA